AUAAAAAGUGUAAAACAAGAACGGGCAUGACAUGAACACGACCGAGAGACAUACGCUCGGAGAUUCAUUCACCUUCCAUUCCUUUCGAUUUCUGUUAUAGAAGCGGCAACAAGAAUGAAUAAUAAUCAACCAAAGAACGUUGUUGCAACAUCAUUGUUUGGUCGUUCUAUAACAUCACCACAGCAACAGCAAUGGACUCAUCUUCUAUCUAGAUCACACCCUCAACAAACCAAUUUCCCUACUCAAUUUCAGUUUUCAGAACCCCAAUCACAUUCCAAUGUGUUUUCACAAGCUCACUAUGCACAAUUGCAGUCUCAAGCUGCUGCACAUGCUUCAUUACAAUCACAGAUUCACCCUCUUGCUCCAUUGCAUAAUGCUAAUGCCAAUGUUGCGACCACUCCGGCGAUUGGAAGCUCCAAACGAGGAAUCCAAAGGACCACCUCACGGACUCCUGGAUCGUCCGGUGCAAACCAGAAUGUGUCGGUUAAGACCAUGGAAUUGACUCCGGCUACUCGGAGAAGGAAGAGGGAGUUACCGGAGAAGGAAAUUAUGGAGAAAGUGGCUGCGAUUUUGCCGGAGUCUGCUCUUUAUACUCAUUUGCUUGAUUUUGAGGCUAAGAUGGAUGCUGCUUUGGCCAAGAGAAAGGUUGACAUGCAAGAGGCUAUUAGAUGCCCUCCUCAUGUUCAGAAAACUCUUCGUAUUUACGUGUUUAAUACAUUCUCGGAUCGGCUGAAAACUGGCUCUGAGGAUGAAACUGUUGAGGAAUCUUCUUGGUCUUUGAAGAUAAUUGGAAGGAUAGUGGAAGAUGGUGAUGAUUCUGUGUCUGGAAUUUCGCAGCGAUCAAGUGCUUCGAACUCGAAGAAGUUCUCUGAUUUCUUCAAGAAAAUUAUCAUAUGCUUGGAUAAGAACCUUUAUCCUGAAAACCAUGUUAUUGUGUGGGACAGUGCGCGUUCGCCUAAACCGCAGGAUGGUUUCGAGGUGAAGAGGAAAGGAGACAAAGAAUUCACUGCGGUGAUCAAAAUGGAAUUGAAUUAUUCGCCUGAGAAGUUCAUGGUUUCAGCACCAUUGUCUAAACUUUUAGGGGUUGAGGUUGAGACUCGCCCAAGAAUAAUAGCUGCUCUUUGGCAUUAUGUGAAGUCAAGGAAGCUUCAAUGUCCGGAUGAGCCUUCAUUCUUCAUUUGCGAUCCUUCCCUCCAAAGGGUUUUCGGUCAAGAGAAGAUGGGAUUCAACAUGGCUGCUGAGAAGUUGUUAGAUCAUUUGUCACAACCAAAGCCUAUAUAUUUGGAGCAUAACAUCAAGCUUUCUGGAAAUUGUCCAGCUGGAACUGCAUGUUAUGAUGUACAUGUUGAUGUGCCUAUUCCUCUGCAGAAAGAAAUGUCUGUAUUCUUGGCAAGCAAUAGUGUUGAGAGUAACAAAGAGAUUGAAUCUUAUGAUGAGAUGAUUUGCAAUUCCCUAAAAAAGAUCCAAGAGCAUCGUAGAAGACGCGCUUUCUUUCUUAGCUUUAGUCAGUCUCCAGCAGAGUUUAUCAAUGCUAUGGUCGCUUCUCAGAGCAAGGAUUUAAAACUCGUUGGUGGAGAUUCCAGUCGCAAUUCUGAAAAGGAACCGUGUUCUGAAUUUUAUAAUCGACCAUGGGCUGAGGAUGCUGUCAUUCGGUACUUGAAUCGCAAAGGUGCUGGAAAAGAUACGCCUGAGGGCAAGUGAGAGAGACUUGUAGAUUUCCAUAUAUUUUUUCUUUUUCUGUAAUCUUGGGUAGGAAGAUUAUUUGAAUACCCAACCUGAAGAAUAGAAGAAAGAAACAACAGUAGGAGCAGAUAAUUAUUUUUAGUGGGAAUCAAUUCACCAUGAUGGUUUAGCAAUUUGGUUAUAUUUUUGAAUUUUGUACAAAGUUUCACAAAAUGUAUACCAGAAUUUUGGUUACCGUUGGCUCAUUUACAAUUCAAAUUCUUAAGA